AAGUUCAAAGGAAAUAACAUUAUCUAACAGCUACGUAUUCAUUGCCUUUGCUAUGGUGCUCCCAAAUUGUUCGUUUCGUAUCUCCGGUCCUAGUCCUGCUGCACAGUGCUAACACGUCAAUAUAGUGAUGUACAACUCCUUGCUUGCACUACUCAACUCACGCGAGACGUUACGUGAUAUAUGUGCCGGCCAGAUCAUAUCUGUCCACCCUUCGGGCAUCACAGGAAUGAUUCACAACUCAGGCCCAUCAGACGGCCUUCAAGCUGCGCAUGUUAAGGAUGAAGAGGCUAAUAUCCAGGUGCGCUACUGCUGAAACGCCAUUUAUUCUUGCGCUCAUAGUCAUCAGUCUUGAGAAUCGCUGCCAACCAAGCCUUGCAUCGCACCAAGUCCCUAUGAAUAUGCUCUUGUUCGUCAUUUGUCACUCGCAUUGCGAGGAUCUUUGAAAUAUAAUAUUUAUGUAAUAUGCUGGUUGGCCUCAAUGGGUGGCCCGUCGGACGGUUCCAAGACACUGACAAUGCUCGAAG